UGAAGAGAAGAUUGAUCUUAUCGACAAAAAGCUCAGUCGACUGAAUCGUCUUGUCGAAUCGCUUAUCACAGACAAUUCAAUGGGAUCGAUGGUCAUCUCUCCCAAUCACCAGGAUAAUUUGAAUUCUGUAUUAGCAUCGCACAAUAUGCCAUCACGAAGCAUGCCUGUGAGCUCACCUACCUCGGAGGUACUCACUAUAAAUGCUCAAUCAUCCAACAAUCGAGUCGCGGCGCCUCCAAAUGAAAUCACAAAUCAAGUAACGUUAAGUGAAGGGCAGUCUUCAUUAAAAGCUCAUUCAGCAUUUGCUAUUGAUUUUGCACACUACGUCGUCGGCUCGAGUCAACCGCUAGGACAAAAUAACCAUGAAAUUAGCAAAUUACUAGAUACGCUACACCACAUAAAAAAUGCAUCCGACGACCACCGUUUUUCGUCAAAGCCUUUGUUCCCCUUGAUACAUACGACAGCCUCCCCCGAUCAUGGGAAGUAUGAUAUGCCCCCACUGAGAGCCGCUGUCCGACUCUUGCGAGAAGCCGAAGGUACCCCUCACAACUAUUUUCUAUCGGAUCUAUGUUUGAAGGUUUACUUUUCUUCUGAUUACUCCAAUGCAGAGUUUAUCAUUGUGAACGCAACUUUAAAUUGUCUGGCCUCUGACAGAGUUAUCGGGGAGAAUGACACUGAGGCUUACGAUGAGCACAAUAAACUGGUCUUCAUGUGUCAAACGAACCUGGAGAUGGCGCUUUCAAAGCUUACUCUCUAUGUGAAACCUAGCUACGAAAUGGUUCUGGCUCUUAUUCUAGGUAUUGUCUACGCCAUCAAUGUAUCCAAUGCGUCCCUAGCCUGGGUCUUGGUGGGGACAGCGUAUCAAUGCUCACAUUCCCUUGGAUUCCACACUCACUCGGAUAGUUCAGUCGAUUCUUCACAUGAGUUAGAUCGAGAUCGCAGGCGGUUGCUCUUUUGGGCAGUUUAUUUCUUUGAGAAGAAUUUAUCUGUCCGACUCGGGCGUUCUUCUAUUAUAAUGAACUACGAUAUUACAGCUCUUUCGCUCGAAGGUCUAGGAAUGCCGGAGUGCCACGAAAUUUGCUAUGCCUACCAGAUGGUAAAUCUGGCUGGCUUGGCUGGCAGGAUUUACGAGCAGCUUUACUCGGCAGAUGCCCUUCAUGUCACGGAAGAUACCCGGACCCAUCGAGCACUAGAACUAUCGCAGGAACUCCAUGGAUAUUGUGCAGAGGCGCAUGACACAAAUCAACUCUGGAUUCAAUCAAGUGGGGACGAAUAUGAACGAGAGCAGAUCCACUUGAUCUCUGCAUCUGACGAAGUUCUACGUCUUUCAAUGUUGACACUGAUCUACCGAGCUAUGCCCCCAGAGCCUAAUUCCGGGACAACCUUCGGCCUAGAUUGCAUUACCUCUGCUAGAUGUGCCCUUGAAUCCCAUCAAGCAUUUAUCCGUGGCUUUGGAAAGCAAGCUUCGUCUUUACUACUUUCAGAGUAUAUCAGCUGGACCAUUUUGUUCACGCCAUUUGUUCCUUUCAUUGUUAUGUUCUGUCAUACAAUCGAAAAAAGGGACAAGGGAGAUUUGAGUCGAAUGUACGCCUUCCUCAAAUCUAUCGAGUGUGCCUGCCAACAUUCCAAUGCAAUUGCCAAAUACCAUCAUCUCUUUGGGGUAUUGUAUAGCGUAGCGUUACGCUACACCGAACUAGGAUUACCCUCCUCCCGGAUGGAAGAGGAGCAAUCACAACUCCUUGAGGUGGACGCACAUUUGAGCGCUCUUGGGCUACAGCCGCACACGACAUAUUUAACAGCCCACCACACAGAGGACGUCGAUAGUUUGAUGUCAUCAGUCCAGCCGAGCGUGGAAGCCAUUGAGCAGAAUCGAACUACAGAAGGAAACAACUGGGCAGAAGAACCGUGGCUUGGACGCUGGUUUUCUUUCAAUCAGCAAAUGAUGGGCUUAUUCGAUGAUAACGAGUUACCAUUUUGA